AUGGAUAAAUUCAAGAAAUGGCGGAGGAAACAGAAAUCUGCUACCGAUGUCAGUGAUGUGCGCGAGACCACACAUCUAACCAGAAGCAGUACAGCCAGCGAAGAGCCGCCCCCACCACGCAAUGAAACGGACCCUCCACUUCCAGCACCUCAUCAACCGUCUUCUUUGAAAUUCGGGUUGAAACUUCUCCACGACUGUCCUAAUGCGGACGUCGAUAUUUGUUUCGUUCACGGAUUGACCGGCGACCGUGACAAAACCUGGAUCGCGGUAGGCCAAACCACACCAUGGCCCAAGCUACUCCUUCCUUCGAAGCUCAAUGCUCGACUUUUAAUGUAUGGAUAUGAUGCGCACGUUACACGAAAAUCGGUCGCGUCGUCAAACCGCCUUAUCAACCACGCACAGAAUCUUUUGGGUGACUUGACAGCCGAUCGAAGCAUUUGCAAUGCAUCAUCACGUCCAUUCAUUUUCGUCGCCCACAGCCUUGGAGGUCUGGUUUGCAAAAAGGCCAUUCUGCUCUCGCAAAAUGCCGCCGAGCGUGAAUCACGGGCUCUGUUCGAUUGUCUGGAAGGAAUUGCAUUUAUGGGUACGCCACACAAGGGGGCUUGGAUGGCAGAUUGGGCCAAGAUUCCUGCUUCUGUGUUUGGUCUUGUCAAAUCCACUAAUGUGACAUUGUUGGACAUAUUGCAAAGAGACAACCAACUUCUAAACUCUAUACAACUGGACUUUUUGACUAUGAUCCGACGACUGCGAGAAAGCGGUAGGGGAAUUGGCGUCACCUGCUUUUUUGAAGAGCUUCCAUUCCCUGUUGUUGGUAGAAUUGUGACAGAAGAGUCGGCGACACUUGAUGGGUAUGAAAUUUACAGCAUUUAUGCUAACCAUCGAGAUAUGGUCCGAUUUGGAUCUGAAGAGGACCCUGGGUUCAAGAGGCUGCUGUGGAAGCUUCUUGCUUGGACCCCUCAAGUCGGUAAAAUACUCCAUGCGCAUUGUUAUCGUACAAGCCCAAACUAA